AUGGCCAGAAUCCCAAACCCAAAUGUUGUGGUCCAGCAGCUAAACCUCCCUUACCCUCCACCAGGAUUGGCAUGGCCAUAUCUAGAGAACGCUCUCAUCGCACAGAUAGCUGGAAUACCAGGGCAUGGAGAGAUCCAAGCUGGACAGAGGGGAGGAGCCCCUCCCAUCCCGGAGCAUGAGGUUCCAGCCCGGCCAGAAGGCCCUGCACUAGUUCAGGUUCCCCAGAAUCAACCAGAACUUCCACCUAUUCCACAACCUGUGGCCCCUCGUGAUCAACCCUUGGUACUUCUGCCUGAAGCACCAGCUGUGUUGCCCUACAGACCCAGAAGGAUGGAUCCCAAUCCAUUCCCUCCACCAGCAAGAGGCAGAAGAGGCAGAGGGGGAAUCAACCCCUUUGCCAACAAUGACAAGAAUAGACUGGGGGCAAAUUGGAGGAAUCAUCCAGAUCUUGAAGAAGAGGAAGAACACAAGGAGGAAGUUCUGCCCAAGCCAUACAGAUUGGAGCACAGAAUUGACCACAUCCAGCCAGAACAAGGGCGGAAUCCACACCCUAACAAUGCUUUAAAUGACAUGGGGGCGCUAUAA